AGAGAACUUAAACACGGCGAUGCGUGUUGUUAAAGAUGUCGCCUCACGAUCAGCUGGCCCUCUGUUUGUGUGAAAUAACACGGUUGCUGUGGAAGCUGCUGCUGCCUCUGCUGUUUCUGUGCGUGCUGCUGGUCGCUGUCCUCGUCCUGCUGGUUCUGGCUGUGCGUCUUUGGCUUCAAAGCAGCAGGAGCGCUCGGAGGGCGAGGGAUGGACGUCCAACCGUGGCCUUCUUCCACCCGUACUGUAACGCUGGUGGAGGGGGAGAGAGGGUGCUCUGGUGUGCCAUCAGGGCGCUACAAAACAGGUACGUGGACGUGAAUUUUGUGGUGUACACGGGGGACCUGGGCGUGACGGCUCAGCAAAUUCUGGAAGGAGCACGUCGUCGCUUUAACGUCGUGCUCCCUCGGCCGAUUCAGUUCGUGUUCCUGAGGCAUCGGCUGCUGGUGGAGCCCGGCCUCUUUCCUCACUUCACCCUCCUCGGUCAGAGCGUGGGCUCCGUCUUCCUGGGAUGGGAGGCGCUGACAGAGUUCGUCCCGGACCUUUACGUCGACUCCAUGGGCUACGCCUUCACUCUCCCCCUGUUCCGCUACCUGGGAGGCUGCAGCGUGGGGAGUUACGUUCACUACCCCACCAUCAGCACUGACAUGCUGUCUGUGGUGAGAGAGAGGAACCCCAGGUUCAACAACGCAGACUACGUCUCCAAUAGUCUCUUCCUGAGCGCCUUCAAAGUGGUCUACUACUGCCUCUUCGCCCUCCUCUACGGCAUGGCCGGCUCCUGUAGCGACCUCAUCAUGGUCAACUCCUCCUGGACCCUGGAUCACAUCCUGUCCCUGUGGCGUGCUCCGAACCGCACCAGCGUUGUCUACCCGCCCUGCGACGUCAGCGCCUUCCUAGACGUCCCUCUGGAAGAGGACGGGGACAGGAGGUGCCACUCGAUAGUCUCCAUCGGGCAGUUCAGGCCGGAGAAGGACCACCGGCUGCAGAUCAGAGCGUUCAAGAAGGUGUUGGACCGGAGGAGGGAGGGGGCGGGGGGAAGAGAGGCGCUGAAGCUGGUUCUGAUUGGUGGAUGCAGGAAUCAGGAGGAUGAGGACAGGGUGCUGAUGCUGAGGGGGCUGUGCCAGGAGCUGGGCAUGGCGGACAGGGUGGAGUUUAAACUAAAUGUUCCUUUUGAGGAGCUGAAGAGAGAGAUGGGGGAAGCAACCAUCGGGCUGCAUACCAUGUGGAACGAACACUUUGGAAUAGGUGUUGUUGAAUGUAUGGCGGCGGGAAAAGUCAUCCUGGCGCACAAAUCCGGCGGUCCCAAGCUCGACAUCGUGGUCCCUUAUGAGGGAGGCCAAACAGGCUUCCUCGCCGAGGACGAGGACGGAUACGCCGAGGCCAUAGAGAGGAUCCUCACGCUGACGCCUGAAAACCGUCUGCAGAUCAGACGGAACGCACGCCAGUCUGUCGCCCGCUUCUCUGAUCAGGAGUUUGAGGCGUGUUUCUGCGCUGCUAUGGAGCCUCUGAUGGGAACGCUUGAACGAUGAGGACUCGUUCUGUGUGUGUAGUCGACACGUUAGGGGCUGUUAGACCCUUUGAGCACCUUUAUUUUUGAUGCACUGACUGGUGACACUUUGUUUCCCCACCAUGUUCUCAGAGUACAGUUUAGGCACCUGGCAGAAACACAUCAAAUUGUUCCAUUUUUACCUCGCGUGGUUAGAGAAAUCCAGCUGCAGAAAUGUUUGCAUUUAGUUUGAGUUGUUUCUGUAAAUACUCGAUUAUCCUGUUAGAUUAAAGAAGCCCUGAUUACUUUGUCCGUCAGUUUAACCAAAACAAGAUUUAUUAUAUUAAUUAUGUUGAAAAUGGGUCCAGGGGAGCAAAUUAGUAUUUCAAAACACAACAGAACAGGAACGUUUUGCCCAGAAUGUGAAAUAUUUUUGAUAUUGAUGAAUGUAAUUAAAGAUGUAAUAAAGAUAUUAAGUGGGAUGUUGCAGUAGGA